GCCAAACUUUUGCAGGCGCACGUUGUCGUGUGAUAAUUGAAUAAAAUCUUAAAAAAUCACACACUUCCUCAGCACUUGUGCGCCGGCGUGCUAAGCUUGCAAUUUUUCCAAGACCACGACGACGAAACACCGUUAUAUGUACCGAGCAGCCGAACACAACAACCGUUAAGCUCAACGGCUGAGAACAAACAGAACAGAAAAGAGCGGUUUUAUCGAUAAAAUAUACUUUCGACGGUCAAAAUAGAUCGCGAAGCUCUUGAGAAAUUAUGUAUGUGUGGGUAUCAAUGUGAGCGUAACAAGAAUCGAUAACGGUUGAUUUAAUCGGAAAGCUUAAAAAGCCCCAGCUCCAGUGAAUGGCAAAGCGACGAAGAAGAACGAUAACUGAAAGCAGCUGUUACAAUAAUUCCCAUCUCUAAAGCAAAACUUGUUAAAUGCAUUUAAAAACCGUUUAUGUGACUGUUGGCACCACAAGAUUCGAUGCCCUCAUCAAUGCCAUAACGUCGGAGUCGGCUCUAAAGUCCCUGCAGCAGCGGCAGUGCCGAAAACUCAUCCUGCAGCAUGGCAAUUCCGAGCCGGUGCCAGUGGCGGAGUCUGGACUGAUAAGCCAGAAAUACGGCAUCCAAUUGGAGCAGUACACGUUUCGACCCAAUAUAGAGGAUAUUAAGGCAUCCGAUUUGAUCAUUGGCCAUGCCGGCGCCGGCACCUGCAUGGAUAUAUUGUCCAACGGCAAGGCCGGACUUAUUGUGGUAAACGACGAGCUUAUGGACAACCAUCAGCAGGAAUUGGCCACGCAGCUGGCUUCCGAGCAGUACCUCUACACCUGCAAACCCAGCCAGUUGGCCGUGCAACUGGCCAGCCUAGACUUUGCGUCUCUCAGAGCCUACGAGUCGGCCAACGAGAAUAUGCUGAAAUUUGUGAAUGCUCUGGACGAACUGAUGGCCAAGCGAUGGACACAUUCCGCCACCAAAUAGUGCCUGUUUUUGGUGCUGACCCCUUAAGCGGGCGCUAUGCUAUUUAUUUAUGAGUAGAUAUAAUAAGCACGGCAGACGACGAACUACAUGAAACAUUAAUCGAUUAUGUACUAACAUUAAACACACGUGCUUGGGACUUGGGGGGCUAUAGAUACGUAAAUUCUCGAUUAUUGAACAUUAAAGCGAACAGCGUACAUAAUUUACGUUUUGUUAAAUUCC